CAGCGCGACAGAUUCGCCACAUGCUUUUCUCUUUUUAUGGCCACUGUGGUGUUUACAACCAUUGCGGGAGCAUAUAGUAGACGUUUAACUCAUAAACAUUUUAUUAACCUGACAAAUGUGAAUCACGAGGCGUCGGGGUCAUUCGUUAUUAUUCGAGUUAGUGAGAUCGUUGAGGACAUCAAACAAUCGUUGUUAUUUAGACCCUCUCAUAAUAUUGAAAAAAUAGGAAACAAAUAAGGUCUUAUCAAACUUUAUUUAUCAAACUUGGACUACCUAAAGUUUAAACGUAGGAGUUUUUUAAACGCUGCCGUUGUCCAUAGAAUUGUAAUGAUUACUGAGUCCUCUUGGGGUCGCUGUGGUUUUAUUGUGACUCGAGAAGAGCAGUCGAAGUCGAAGAGGAAGUGAAAAAAAGAAGAAAGAAACCAAGCGGAAGUGGGUAAAUCUCCGGCAAAGGAAUUCAAUUCUUUGUUGUGGCUUCCUAUCGGAUUUUACAAUGGUAAAAAUAUUUGUGGGGAAUCUGCCCCGAGAAGCAGACCAGGAAGAAAUCAAGGCACUCUUCACUCAGUAUGGGACAGUGACAGAGUGUGCCAUCAUCAAGAACUACGCCUUUAUUCACAUGGAUGACCGCAAGGCGGCCACCAAAGCCAUCAGAAGUCUGCACCUUUACAAGCUUCACGGGACACCAAUCAACGUGGAGGCCAGCCAUGGGAAGAACCAGGGCCCCGUCAAGCUACAUGUAGCAAACGUUGAGAAGGGAUCUGAUGAAGAGCUCCGUGCUCUCUUUGAAGAGUAUGGUACUGUCACAGAGUGUGCUAUUGUCAAGAAUUUUGCUUUUGUACAUAUGUCCAACUCCGAUGAGGCCAUGGAUGCCAUCAAGGGACUGGAUAACACUGAAUUUAAAGAUAAACGCAUCCAUGUCCAGAUUUCCAAGAGCCGCCCCAGACAUGACGAAAGGGAUGACUACCCCCCUCCUCCGCCAGACUAUUGGCCCCCACACUAUCCAGAAGAGGGGCACGAGCCUCCUCCACCUGGCUACAUGCGAGGCCGCCUUGGCCAUAUUCCCCCAGGUUACCCAGCCCCUCCCCUGCCACCCCCUCCCCCUAGACGAGCUGUUUAUCCCGACCGUCCUUAUGAGGGUGAGAGGGACCGAUACGGUGUGGUAGAUUACUAUGAGAAGUACAGAACCCGUCCGUAUGGUAUGGCCUCCUAUGAGGAUCAAUGUGGUGGCCCGCCUCCUCCUCCCCCUCCUCCGUCAGCCGUCGUUCGAGACCGUCUUAUGACCCCGUCGCUUGAUCCGUAUGAACGUCGCCCCCCUCCACCUCCUCCAUCCUCGUACUACGCUCGAGAUCGCAGCCCCCUCAGGAGGCCGCCUAACGCGCCAAUGCCCCCUCCCGGUAAUGGCUAUUCCUAUGAGCGUUCCCGGCUAUCUCCCGUUUCCCGGGGCCCGGCAUACGGAGUUCCACGUGCCAGGGACCCCUAUGCAGAGCGGCUGCCCCCGCCACCGCCUGCACGCUACGCUUAUUAAGCAAGGUCCGUCCAUGUGAAGGAUCGUCGUCCAACUGCGUCGCCUCUCGCUGCCUCCUGAUGCACGUGACGCUAUCCACUUCCUGUCUGCGGCUGAGCGCGUAACGUUCCCCUGAGAUGCUCAGAGGAGGAACCAAAUUGGCGACGUCCUCGUCUGUUUUCUUUUAAUUAAUUUGGGACUUUUUCAUUCGGAUUUUUUUACUCCUGGUUGUUUUAGUUUGUCAUUGUGAUGUAGUAUUUCUAAUGCUUGACGUCUGAGUUAGGCGUGUUUUUUAUUGUAAUUUUCACGUUUGAAUAAUCAGUGUUCUGAUGUGGCUUGUAAUGUAGAAGCUGAACCGUCUCUUGGCGAUACUUGUGACUGUAGACGCAACUAAAUCAUUUAUGAUAUUAAAUCUAGUCUGCACGUUUGUUCCAUCGUCUCAAGCAUUACCAUCAAAAACCAAAACUCGAUAUGGCGUUCUGUGAAACGUAUUACUAAAAUGUAGGUUUGACACAUUCAACGUUUCUAAUCCAGUUACCAAAAGACGUUUACAUGUUGCUGUCCAUUGUCGACCUUUUUCCAAAAUAAAACGUACUUGUCCAGAAAGUCCACAGCUCAAAAUCAUGCUCUGCGCUAAAAUAUCUCCAUGUAAAGUUUAUUCAAAAGCUCAGCGAUCAUCUAUCAAAUAUAAUAUUAAUUGUAGUGAUCGUCCGUUUCCUUCAUGUUGAAAAUCGUCCAAGAAAUUUGUCAAAAUCGUUACGACAAUUGAAGAAAUGUCUGGUCUUCUGGGAAUUCUACACCUCAUAUCUUUCAUCAGAGUUCACCUUUCACCAUGUCCCUCCUCCGUGCCCAAAACUGCAUCUUGUCACCAUUAGGUGCAUAAGCGUUAAUUGGAGUACAACAGCCUUAGUUCACCUUGAAUCUGGGGGGUCUGCUGGAGUCCUGCAGAGUCAGGUAAGUCCAGGGUUUUUAGGAAUACUUUGAAAACAUGUUUAUAUUCUGCUGUUUUAAAGGUAACUAUUUCUACAUCUGCACUUCAGAGAGGUGCAACAGUGGCAGUGUUAAGUGCUUUUUCCCCCACAAUCAUUCCUUGUUUAGUAAGAAUCCAUUCAGCUCUGAAUCUGUUGGGGUUUUUUUUUAUUACAACUGUUUGCUUGGAAAUUCCAUGAAAAAAAUCCCUAUCUCCCUCUAGAUUCAGUUCUUUUGUGUUAUGGGGGCAGGAAAGAAAAUUCCAUCUUGCUGUGUGUUAUUUAUACUCUGAUGGAAUGACAUUUUUCCAAGGGGUCAGGUUGGUCACAGUCAGCUGAUUUUUAUAUGGAAUGCCCCCCAAACUAAAUUUGAAGACCGAAGUUGGCUCUAAAUGUUUAACACUCAAGGUGUACCUUUUAGCAAGGCUAGGUUUUUCUUUGGUCAUCCAGGACAACAGAUGAGAAACUGACUGAAUGGAAAAGAUCAGAAUAGAUUAAUUGAACCUUUCAAAAAAACAAACAUUGAACCAACCACACAUUGAAGCAACCAUAUUUAAACAUCAUUUACAGACUUCAUGGAGCCGAGCAGUUGAUGGUUUGUAUUGCCAUUCCGAUUUCUGAACUGAAUAAAAUAUUCAAAACAAUAA